GAAACCACAAAACGUCGGAUAAUCGAAGAAACAAAUGUAAAUCGUACAAAUUUUACAACACAUCAAUUGACAGAACUUGAAAAAGAAUAUUACACAUCAAAAUAUUUAAAUCGAACUCGCCGUGCAGAAAUAGCUUCAAUUUUAAAUCUCAAUGAAACUCAGGUGAAAAUUUGGUUUCAAAAUCGUCGCAUGAAAGAGAAGAAACGCCAAAAGGAACAAGCAUUUUUGGCACGAGGAAACCGACCUCAUCAAAUAAAUUGGUCCGAUUCACCGUCAAGUAUAUCAAACAUCGAUGAUUCGCCUAAAAUUAUUAAUUAA